GCGUCGGCUAUUGGACUCCAGAGGGUGCUGUGUGAGCGUGUGUGAAAAUAUAUGAGCUCACACAAUCCAAGUUCAAGUUUAAUCUUUAUCCUUCACAUGAGUUCAUCAGGAAAAGUCUAGGUUCCCCUGGCAACAGAAGUUAUCAGCUGUUCUCCCAAGAAGCAUGGGAUGUUAAUCCACUCAGUCUGAGCCACAACACCAACAACACCUGAGGAUAACAUGGGCCUGUUGUCCAUUCUUCGGAGGCUGAAGCAAUCUCCAGAACAGGAGGUGCGCUUACUGUUGCUUGGCUUGGACAAUGCUGGCAAGACCACUCUGCUGAAACAGCUGGCGGCCGAAGAUAUCAGCCACAUCACCCCCACACAAGGCUUCAAUAUAAAGAGCGUUCAAUCUUCUGGCUUCAAGUUGAAUGUUUGGGACAUUGGAGGUCAGCGUAAGAUCCGCCCUUACUGGAGGAAUUAUUUUGAGAACACGGAUGUACUAAUCUAUGUGAUUGACAGCUCAGACAGGAAACGGUUUGAAGAGACGGGCCUGGAGCUGGCUGAGUUGCUGGAGGAGGAAAAGCUCGCUGCUGUGCCACUGCUAAUCUUUGCCAACAAGCAGGACCUGAUGACAGCCACCCCAGCCUCUGAGCUGGCAGAAAGUCUCAGUCUGCACACUAUCCGAGAUCGCAUGUGGCAGGUCCAGGCCUGCUCAGCAGCCACUGCUGAGGGACUGCAGGAUGGCAUGACCUGGGUUUGCAGAAAUAUAACAUUUCGGAAAAAAUAAUUCAGGAAGGAAAAAGAUCUGUGAAGAAUUGCCGUUGCACUUUGCAUUUGACCUACGCAGUAAUUUUAUGUCCAGGGCAUAAAUUAAAUGAUGUUAUUUCUAUUUUUGUCAUUCUGUUUUCACUUGGCAGUAUAAAAACUAAGUAGAAGUUGUCAUUACAGUGAUGUUAACUUAUGAAAUGUAUAUACUGUAUAUACUAGGCUAUGUUAUUUAAAAUGCUGUUUCUGCACACUAUUUCUUUUGUAUUGUGGUAUUUCUAAUU